UUUCAGUAGCUACACAACAGUAAACAAAUUAAUACACAACUGCGCACACCUAUCGAUAACAAGUGUAGUUGCACAUUUUUCGAUUGGUAAUCGAUAAGAGCUUGUGCCUUAAUUCAAAUCAAAAUACAACUUGAAAACUUAAAAUUAAUUGAUUUGCAAAAUUAUGGAGGCGACAACCCCAGCCAACAAUAGUAAUAGCAACAGCAACGACAUGGACGACAUACAGUAUCUGCUGCACUUGGAGGCCAUCAAACGCUACAAGGAUGACGAGAAGGAAAUGCACCGCCAGGUGGAGGAGCAAGCGCGCAUCUACAUGGACGCCAAGCGGGAAUAUCAACGUGAAUACGCUCGUCUCGCCAGCCUAAACAAACAAUUGUUGCUCAGCGAUGCGUUGCAGGCACCGCAGACGCAAAUCAACGACAGCCAAGUGGAUGAUACCAUCCGCAAGUUGAGCACAUCGAGUGCGAUCCUCUCGAGAACAAGUCGUCCCACCGAGCUGGAUGUGCGUGUGCUGGAGGAAUGCAAGGAGCAGCUGCAGCGGCAGCAUUGCAAGCCACGCGACCAAUUGGCCCAAUAUCAGCGCAACUUUGCCGAGAAUCGUGAGACAUUGAAAUCUGUGUGCAGCACUUUGGAUAAUGUGGAGAAGAACUUUGAGAAGGCAACGCUGCUGUCGAUGGAUCAAUACACAAAAGAGAUGGAGAAACCAUAGUCAUUUGGUUCAUCAUAUAUACAUAUAUUAUAUAUUAGUUGCGAUAUUAAUAAAGGAACAUUUUCAACAAAAUACAACGCUGAUGAUCAAAGAUUAUAAUUAAGAUGGAAAUGUUGUUGUUGUUGGUUGACAUUGUUGACUGUUUGAUGAUUGAUGGCUGAAUGUGACUGAUGACUGAUGAUGGAUGGAAGUCGCCAAGUCAAGCGUUGGUUAUGCAAGCAAUCAUUUAUUGUACUUUCGGUGGGUGUGUGUCGAUUAAUUCUAGAUUAGAGAGGCAGGCAGCGCAAUUCUACGAGAAAAGAAAAGAAACGCAAGAUUAGUGUUUGGAUUGCAUUACAAAUGGAGACUCGAAUGAGAUGUCUUCUGCUACUGCCAAUGCCACCGUCGGCUUCAUUUACCACUUGGAGCGCUUCGACCAAUCCUUUGGAGUCCAAUGCAAACACUUGGAAUCGAUGCGAAUCUUGCGCUUCUGCAUGGCACGCUGAUGCUGCUCGAUGGUCUCCCGAUUGAUGCUCACAAUGUACUGUCCCUUAUAGUAGUUGAUCAGAUUGAGAUUCUGCAGGGUCGAGAUGACGUCCUCCUUCUUGAUCGAGGUGCAUUCACAGAUGUCGCUGUACAAAAAGAGAUAAAUAUGUAUGUUUAAAGCACUGGUUGCUGUCUUGAUCCCUUGACUCCCUUCUUACUUGAUGGUUAUGGUCGGCUUCUCGCCGUCCGUGCUCGGAUUCUGGCUGAUGAGUAUCUCCAGGAUGGUCUGUGCCCAAUACGAGCGAUACGAAAGCAGCCCCAAGUCGGACAAUGGCUUCUCCGGGGAGCCCGUUUUGCCCUCGAACUUGGACAACUCGUAGCUGAAUUCGAUGAGCAGUUUGCCGUAGCCUUUGCGCUGAUACGGCGGCAUUGUCAAAAUGCACGCCACAUUGUAAUCCUCGGUGCUCUCCUUUUCCUUCGAGAAAUAGCCGACAAUGUGAAAGCCCCGUGAAUCGAACUCCGUCAUAAUGUAGAACAGAAACGGAUCCGUAUCGUAGUACAGCGU